UCGCGGCCGACUUGGCCGUCGCGGGAGCGCGCCCGGCAGCACUCAGGCUCGCACCCGCCGCGCGGCCACGCCACCGGCCAGCCUCCCCCCUCUUUCCUGUUAUUCCAACUCCAAUUUCCCUACCCAUAGUCUUCUUUGACCGCUUACCACGUUCGCGCGGACGACCGAAAGACGUCAAAAGUCCGCCGGGUGUCGAGUGCUCCGAGCCCUGGGAGUCUUUCGCUCGGCCGCGGCCCACAACUUUUCGUCCUCACUUUUCCAGCGGCCGGUGACGUCACCUGCGUCACGUCCCCCACAUUUGACGUGGCUCUCUGAUUGGCUACCCAACGGUGGAGUGGGCGGAGCCAAGAGAUGGCCGGUGCGUCGGUGAAGGUGGCUGUGCGUGUGCGCCCGUUCAACUCCAGAGAGUCGGGCCGCAACGCCAAGUGUGUCAUCCAGAUGCAGGGGAACACCACCUGCAUCCUUAAUCCCAAACAGCCCAAGGAUGCACCCAAGAACUUCACUUUUGACCACUCCUACUGGUCGCACACAACGGCGGACGAUCCCACUUUUGCGGGCCAGCGUCAGGUGUACCAAGACAUUGGAGAAGAGAUGCUGCUGCACGCAUUCGAAGGUUACAAUGUGUGUAUAUUUGCAUACGGCCAGACUGGAGGGGGAAAAAGCUACACGAUGAUGGGAAAGCAGGAGGCGGGGCAGGAAGGCAUCAUACCACAGCUGUGUGAGGACUUAUUCCAGAGGACUGGGGCCAAUGUGGAUCCGGACCUGACCUAUUCUGUAGAGGUGUCUUACAUGGAGAUCUACUGCGAGCGGGUCCGGGAUCUGUUGAACCCGAAGUCACAGGGGACUCUACGGGUGCGAGAGCAUCCCAUCCUCGGUCCAUAUGUGGAGGACUUGUCCAAACUGGCUGUGACUGGAUUCAAGGACAUCCACAACCUGAUGGAUGUUGGGAACAAAGCCCGGACGGUCGCGGCCACAAACAUGAAUGAGACAUCAUCCAGAUCCCACGCCGUCUUCACCAUUGUAUUCAGCCAGCGGUGCCGAGAUCAUAUGACCCAAUUGGACACAGAGAAGGUCAGUAAGAUCAGUCUGGUGGACUUAGCAGGAAGCGAACGUGCUGACUCUUCGGGGGCAAAGGGCACCCGCCUCAAGGAAGGAGCAAAUAUCAACAAAUCUCUAACCACGCUGGGAAAGGUCAUCUCCGCCCUGGCUGACAUGCAAAGCAGCAAGAAGAGAAAAAGUGACUUCAUUCCCUACAGAGACUCCGUUCUGACCUGGCUGCUAAAGGAGAACCUUGGGGGGAACUCUCGCACGGCCAUGAUUGCUGCUCUCAGUCCUGCUGACAUCAACUAUGAAGAAACGCUUAGCACCUUGAGAUAUGCUGACAGGGCCAAACAGAUCCGCUGUAAUGCCAUCAUCAAUGAAGACCCCAAUGCCAAACUGAUCCGAGAGCUGAAAGGAGAAGUGGAGCGACUCCGAAACCUUCUCUUUGCUCAGGGCCUGCACGAGCUAAUCCACAACCACGCCAACAACAAUGGCUCCUCCCUAGUAGGCGUGUCCUCACCGCUGACCAUCACAGCUAAUGGGAUCACCAAUCAGAAAGACUCUGCUUCUUCAGAUGAGUCAGCAACUGUCAAUCAUCUUCCUGCUGGAGAGGAGGUUGAUGCUACAGAGACCAUCAGUAAAGAGGAAGCAGCUGAGAGACUGCUGGAAACAGAGAAAAUUAUGGCCGAGCUCAAUGAGACUUGGGAGGAUAAGUUAAGGAAGACGGAAUCCAUUCGUUUGGAGAGGGAAGCGCUCUUGGCAGAGAUGGGCGUGUCCAUUAAAGAAGAUGGAGGGACUCUUGGUGUAUUCUCGCCAAAAGGAACGCCUCACCUGGUCAACCUGAACGAGGACCCCCUCAUGUCUGAGUGUCUCCUGUACUACAUCAAGGAAGGAUUCACCAGAGUGGGACAGCAGGAUGUGGACAUUAAGCUGUCUGGCCAUUUCAUUAAGGAGAUCCACUGUGUGUUUGUGAGUGAAACUAACGAGCAAGGAGAAGUGGUGAUCAUUUUGGAGCCGCUGGUGGGGGCAGAGACUUAUGUCAACGGGAAGCAGAUCACUGAGGCUGUGGUUCUCAAACAAGGUAACCGCAUCGUUAUGGGGAAGAAUCACGUGUUCCGCUUUAACCACCCGGAGCAGGCGCGGCUGGAGCGGGAGCGCAGCGCCCCAGCAGACCAACAGGGGGAGCCUGAGGACUGGAACUACGCUCAAAAGGAGCUGCUGGAGAAACAAGGCAUUGACAUCAAAUUAGAGAUGGAGAAGAGGCUUCAGGACAUGGAGACUCAGUACCGCAAGGAGAAGGAGGAGGCCGACCUGCUGCUUGAGCAACAAAGGCUGUAUGCGGACAGUGACAGUGGAGAUGAUUCUGACAAACGUUCCUGUGAGGAAAGCUGGCGACUGAUCUCCUCCCUCAGAGAGAAACUACCUGCCAACAAGGUGCAGUCCAUCGUAAAGCGCUGUGGUCUUCCAAGUAGCGGGAAAAGGAGGGAGCCUCAAAGGGUCUAUCAGAUCCCUCAGCGGAGGCGGAUCAGCAAAGACCCAAAACGUGUCACCAUGGAGGAUCUCCGCUUGCAGGCCGUUAAGGAGAUCUGCUACGAGGUGGCAUUGGGAGACUUCCGUCAUUCCCGCCAGGAGAUUGAGGCACUGUCCAUCGUCAAGAUGAAGGAGCUGUGCCGCAUGUACAGCAAGAAGGACGCUAAUGAGAAGGACAGCUGGAGGGUGGUGGCCCAGGACGUGUGUGACACAGUGGGCAUUGGUGAGGAGAGGACCCCACCCCCUGAGGAGGGCGGUGGAGGGGGCGGAGGAGGAGAGGCAGGAGAAGGAGGAAAAGCAAAGGCAUACGACCUGAAGGCUCACAUUGACAAGCUAACUGACAUUUUGGAGGAAGUGAAACUGCAGAACAACAUGAAGGAUGAGGAAAUCAAAGCGCUCCGUGACAGAAUGAUCAAGAUGGAGAGUGUCAUACCUGUCGAGGACGAUGAGGUGAACAGCGAAGAAGGGGGCGAGGCUCCUCACAGGGACCAGGAAACUGAUGUGCCGGAGACCAGGGUGAAGCGUUUGAUGGAUGAGGAUCCGGCAUUCAGGAGAGGGCGCCUCCGUUGGCUGAAACAGGAACAGCAGAGAAUUCUCAACCUGCAGCAGCAGAACAUCAGCAAGAAACUGCGAGGUCUCAGUCAGAACCAAAACCAAGGUCAAACGUCCCCUACCAUGCCCGUGCACCUUCCAGGGACUGGACGCUUCAUCCCUCCCCAGGAGUGCAAGCUCAAGUUUCCCUUCAAGAGUAACCCUGCCCACCGGUUUUCAUGGGGACCCGCCGAUGUUGCUCUUCUGGCUUUGGGUCUGGAGGAGGGAGGGGGAGCAGAGGGAGGGGAGGAAGAGAUGAGCUAUAAAUCUCCACCUCCUCCAUCUCUAUUGCCCCUCCCUUUCCAGGCACCGCCACCACGCAUUCGAACCCCUAGUCCACAUCGUGCUUGGCAACAGCGUAACCAAAGCAACCAGGGGGGUGCCCAGCAACAGCGGCGUUAUCGCCGAAACUCAUUCGACAGCUCAAGCCCCGGCAACAGUAACCACAUCAACGAUCGGCAUCACAGGGGCGGAGGUCACCAAGUAAGACCAAGCCAGAGGAGGGGGGUUUCGCCCGCGCCGGGAGGAGAGACAGGUGGGAGGGACAGGGAUGCAGGCUUCUAUUUCAACCAACAUCAUAAUUUUCAUCAUCCAUACUACAACUCCCACAAUGCACCAUUCCAGCCCCCCCCUUUCCCAAACUACCAUAGCCUGCCUCGUCCUGCCCCACCUCCUCCUGCUGAAAUCAUCCUAGGCCUGGGCCUGCCCUUGAGUGGGUGGGGUUUCACCGCUCCACCUCCGCGCAUGAGACGACAGUUCAGUGAGCCUGACCUCAAAAACCAGCAAGCCCCCACUGACCUUUGACCCUGAGCCUCACUACACAGAAUAUUCAGUACUAUGUGCUGUACACUGUGUGUGUGUGUGUGUGUGUGUGUGUGUGUGUGUGUAUGCGUGCGUGCGUGUGUGUGUGUGUGUGUGUGUGUGUGUGUGUGUGUGUGUGAGAGAGAGCUUCAGCGUGUCUUAUGUUACCAGGGAAACAGGUUAAGUGUUUUGAUAGUGAUCGUGUGAUCAUUUUAGCUCCUGAGGCUUACUGCUGUUUGUUUGUUUUGUUUUCAAGCCCAGGAGGCUAACUCGCCUGCUGUGUUAGCACAAAGUCAUCACGCAAACUCCACAAUUAUUUCAGCAGUCAAUUGGACAUCUCAAAGUGUACACACCCCCACACAAUGUUAAUCUGAAGACAAAGAAUGGUUUCUUUUUGUGGCGUUAGCUGUAUGCAAUGAAUAAAAGAGGGGCGAAAGAACAGAAGAGCACAAUCGUUUGAAGCUCCAAACCAAAGAUGUGUGUUUGGAUUUCAGCAUAGUGGCCAACGCAGGAAGGAAGGAUGAAGAACGUCAGGAAGACUGGAAUGUUGUUUUGGAAAGUUGACAACUUUCAAAGUUGUCCUGAAAGCUCAUGGCAUUACGUAUUAAGACUUUUGGGAGCUGAAAGUGUUGCGUGUCGUAAUAUUUGCUCUGCUGUCAGCCCAUCCCGGGACAAUCUACAAGCUGUUGGUCCUUGCCGAUCACGAUGGGAAAUGACUGUGACGCCUUUAGUGUUACUUACUUACUGAUGAAGCAUUCUAACCUCAUUCUCACUUUAUUUGUUAUUUGUCAUUAGUGUAGGGGUUGCACAGGGCUUUGUGUGUGUGUGUAAGUGUGUGGCUAAUUAGGACUCAUAGAAUGAAGUUUGACUUAAGAGGCUCAUUGUCUCUGAUUUUAUUUUGAAGUCUUGAUCACCUCUCCCAUAAAUCCAGGAAAUUGACCCAAAUAAACACUACUUUUUCUUUGA